GUAAAGAUGAACUACAGUUCGGUCCUCUCCCUCAGCAGCAAAGGUGGCGAUCAGCCAAAAACUGGCUACAAAGCUCAUGUGUCCCACUCCUCGACUCCGUCAAAGAAGUCCAGUAGCGAAAGCAGCCUUGACAGAAUCAGCAAGUCAAGAAACCACUUUGAGGUCGAACUCUUGGAUAAUGAAAAUGAGAAGUUUCUGCAAGACAGUUCAAGCUUCAUGGAUAAAUAAGUACAACUUCGAUGCCAGAGAAGUCCAGGUCAAGAACCGAGUCCGAGACUACGCUGUCACUGCUCUCAAUGUGGUCUGGACGGCUGUGGCCUACCUAGCAUUAGCUCUGUCGAUGUUUCUGUCCAACUAUGUCUACUCAAUCAAUAAGCUGAAUCCAUGGGAAGAUAUUUAUGGCAAAUCGCUUGUCGGAGUGAUGCUGUCAUACUUGCUCAUGAGAGUGCAAGGCAUUUCUCCUUUCGAACUGUACAGCCACAUCCGAGUCAGAAUAUUCGUGAUGGAGGCCAUUUUCAUCACAGCGCUGUGCCUCAUCAUGUAUGGAGUGCAACAAGUCAGCAUCCUAACGAGCGCUAGUUGUCUGAUUCUGUUCUUUGUGUUUACAGACCACUAUUUUGGGCUCACAAACAUAUUCAUAUUCAUGGCAAUUGUAGGGCUGACUGUUCUGGCUAACCCAUUCGGGAUAUUGCGAGCAGGUCAAAACCAAGAAAUUCCGGUGAUCUGCCUUGCUCUUGGGUCAAUACUGCUGGUGCUUGGCAGGAACUCGUCCGACUAUGUGCGACAGUGACUGCCUAUUUCGACUGGAACUUUCUACUUCUACUUGUUGUGAGUAAUGGUGGUCCCAGCUCUGAUGAUAGCUUCUUUCUCGAUCGGCUCAGUACAGAUAAGCUACGGAUUCUUUGAGAUUGGCUACUUCUUGGUCAACGGCACACUGACCUGGUUCGCCAUCUGGCUGGUUGUCAAAGUGAUGAGCUUCGACAAAGAAAACUACCUGGAGACUCUCGCAUAUACAAUCAUUGUGUACUCGAUAUUGCUCACGAUGAUUGUGAACAAAUACAAAACAAAUGAUGGCUCUGGAGAAACGGAGCCUCAACAAGGCCAGUCUCCUAGUUCUCCGGAAGUAGCUCCUACCAGCGAAGGAGUGGCAGAUCUGGGAUUUUGGGAAUACUUGGGAAUCGCAGUAAUGAUAGGGUUGAGGUUCGUAUAUUCUGUAUAUAAGAUGGCCAAGUAUUAG